AUGGCGGAUGGACGGGACAAAAAUAAUCUGUCUCGCUCUCCCAAUGAAAAUUUUAACCCGUUAGAUCCGGACAGAGAUCAAGGAGAAGAUAAGGAAUAUCAGCAUUCUCCUAGAGAUAAUCAGUAUAUUGAUAAUGAUUCGGAAACAGAUGAAGAUCCCGAUCCUGAUACACCUCAGUUUAGUACCACACCUCCAGUAAACUUCCGUGUUCGGAAAAGAGAAAAGUCUCGUCAACAGUAUAAAGAGGCCAAAGAGAAAUUAGAUCUGAAACGGAGACCUAAGCCAAGAAAUGUUGUGUCGCUUAUUAAGGAGGAAUAUUUUGCUAACAGCUUGAAUAAGAUCAGUGGAACUGACUCAGAGGAUAAUAUAGAACGAGAUGGUUUUCGUGAAAAAAAGGAUAAGAGAAAGAAAGAAAAGGAGAAGAAACAACUUUCAAAAUCCAGAAGUCAUGAGAGGUUGGAAAAGAGAUCGUCAGAUUUCUUGAGCAACAAAGUAUCAGCUGGAAUGCCUAGGCUAAAAAUAGAAAUGCCAAAGCGCGUGUCUCUUCCCACAAUACCAAAUACUAUAGUUACUUGUACUACUCCUACAUUUAAGAACAGACUGAGAAGAGAAGUUUCUCUACCUUUAGAAUGUUCCGAAGAUCGCCAGGCCUUUUCCAAUAUAUUUUCCACUUUAGUGAAAUUAGAAAAGAAAGAAAAGAAUUUCUUGUCACAAGCCAGAAUGAAGCGACAAAUGAGUACUGAACAAGAAAUACAGCAGAAUGAGACUAAUCGUGAUAUGUGGCUUGAGCUUCAAGCUGAAAUAAAUGGCAAGUCAAAAGAUGAUAUACUGAAAGAAAGGGCCAAAAUUGAAGAUGUUUUGCAUCUCAUUAUGGAUUUUAAGUUAAAUUGCUUGCAGCAUGAAGUGACCAAUGGGAAUUCCUCUGAUCCAUUUCUGGAUGCUGGUGAGGAACCAAAGAUCUGCUAUCAAUUAUCUACAAGUGUUUCAGAUUCCUUUCAAGCCAUUUCUCUAUCUUCAGAGACAAUUGAUUGUCAAAAGGAUGCUUUAGUUAAGGUUGAAGCUCUUCUUCAUAAACUAGAUAAGUGUGAACGGCUAUAUCCUACAACAAAAAGUUUCAAUGAGGCCAAUGAUCUUUAUGCGAGUGAAACUUUUGGACAUCGAGUGAAAAGUCUGAUACUGUGGUUAAACAUAACUCGUGAUCUCUGUCAUAGAAUUAAUCUAUUAGGUAAAAUAUUGGGUGUUAGAAAUACUCCAGGGUUAGACUGGCCUGUGAUAGAUUAUGAAAGUCCAAGGAGUUCUUCUUCAGGAACUUUAGAACGUAAUCUUCCUGUGAUACAGCAAACUUCUGCCUCAUCAACAGAAGAUAGUGAUGGUGAUGAUAAUAAUGACACAGAAACUAUUAUUGAGGACACAAAUGAUGAAAGCCUUGGCCAUACCAAAAAAGUGACAUUUUCCAUCAGUGGCGGAAGCAGUGGAAGAUCUUCCUGUGCUCCUAGCCCUAAUCCAGAAUCAAAUAUUCCAAAUGAUGUGUCUGAAGUUCUAAAUGAGACAAAUGUCUCAACUCCACUUAAAAAUAUCAGGUCAAGCAUAGGCUCCUAUGCCCCAAGUCUUUCACGUGCAGCAAGUGAUGCCAGCAUUGAUGAUGCGAAUAUGAUGUCUUCAGCCUACAGGCAUUUUGUAGAUAAAAGUUUAAAAAAGACGGGUAUGAAUCGACUGUUAGUUAGAUUACGAACUUUGUUAGAUAGAUCUUUACAAAGGGCCAGAGAAGCUUUAGAGAGACCAAAAAGUGCUUUGUCUUAUGCUGAAAUUUUAAAGUCCUCUCGUUCAUCUGAUAAAGUCCAAGAAGUUGCUUCCUCUCCUUCCUUAGAUCUGUCGUCUGUGAUAAAUAAUGCUGCCUUAUGUAAUAGAAGUAGUAGUCUAGCAGAACAUGGUGCUUGGAGUGAAGAGUUUAUAAAGAUGGGUCUACCCUCAUUUAGACCUAGCUAUUUAUUUUUAGUUAGAAUUCCUUUAGAUGUUAUUCAUGAAUGUUUACGUCUUCGCCUAGAGCAACGACCAACUAAUGAGCCUUCUCUACACAGUACUCGACAGUUAAUGAGAGAAUGUAAAGAAGUGUUGAAAGGAGCUGUAGCUGUUAAACAAUAUUAUCAAUUAAUGGUAGCAUCAGUAAUGUGGGAUGAACAGGAAAUGGAUGAUAAAUUUGCAUCUGAUUUAGAACAGUUUGAUGUUGAUAUGCAGGCUAUUCUGGAGGUUUAUUUUUCCUACCUUCAAAGUUGGAUGAACCAUGUUCAGAAUCUGGAUGAAGCUUCACUGAGUUUGAAAAAUUACUUAGUUGUUGAAUGGACAUUUACAAAACAGAUCUGUCCAUAUAUUAUUGGAGGUGAGGCUGAAGCUGGCAAGAGAUUUAGUAUGUUAGCCAUUAGUUUACUGAACUCUAUAACUGAUCUACUGUAUGAUAAUAUAGAUGAAAUAACCAGACAGCUGUUUGAUAUGACUAAAAAUGAAAAUAUUGAUGAAGAAGAAACCAAUGAUGAUGAACAAUCUAACAGAGAUAAAGCAUCAGAUUAUAGACAUUGUUUACAACAGACAUGUCGAGGUUUUAAAAAUUUAUUUAAUGAAGCUAGAGAGAGAGCAUCUAAAGCCCUUGGUUUUGCAAAAAUGCUGAGAAAUGAUUUGGAAAUAGCUGCUGAUUUCAAUGUUACAGUAUCUACUAAACAGUUACUAGAUAAGCUACAACUUACUAACCAUGUUAGGGUAAUGGCUCCAGUGAGUGCAGGUUAUUUAAUGUUUAUACCCGACCGUAUAACCUCUAAUAAAGAAUUGAUAUUACAAUUAUUAAAUGUGACAUGUGGACGUGAAGAAUCUACUCUACCCCCUGAUUUAGAGAAUAAUAAUGGUUAUUUAGUUAUGGUACGAUGUGAAGGUACUGCUGAUCAUGUUUUAGAGUGCCCUAUCUGGAAUGGUGAUGUCUUGGAAGUGGCGCCAACUGCUGAAACAGCUAUUGCUCUGUCUCAUAUUGAGGUGGAAGCAUUGUUAGUGGUAGUUAUACAUUCAUCUCAGCUAGGAGAUAUGAGGAAAGAAUUUGAUAAAAAGAUGGGAGAAUCUGUUGAAUUAGUUAAUGAACAAACAUCAUGUCAUCAAGCUAUUGCAGAGUCCCUAGCUGAAAUCAAGACCAUAGCUGUCCAACUGAGAGAAAAAGUAGCAAGAGCUAUAGAGCAAGUUGAUGAAACUCUCAAUUUUGAUGAAAUUUUACAACAUGAAGAGAAUGAUAGAAAUCAUUUAGUCAAAAUCUACAGAGAAACAAUGUUACAGGGCUAUAACUUUGGUUUUGAGGUUGGUAAAGAUAUAUCACGUCUGGUAAGUGGUGAACAGAGACAGAAAAUGGUACCAGGUUUAGUUAGUUUUGCUAAAUAUUGGAUGAAGUUUGUCAUGGAGAAAUGUGAAACUGGUAGAGGUGGAAGACCAAGAUGGGCGGUACCAGGUUUUGAUUAUUUAACUGUAGUCUGUGAUCCUAAAGUUUUAGCUUGUUUGUCAGAUGAAUCUUUUAAGGAAUUACAAAAGAAUAUACACAACUGUAUCAAUCAUAUCAUUGGCUCUCCUGAGUUAAGAACUCCACAAAGUCCCACUCAUUUAGGUCAACAUAUGACCCAUAGAUUACCAUCAUGGCCUAGCACGGCUGGUCAACCAUUCCGACGGUCAGUAUCCUCAAGAUCUAUGCCAGCAGAAGUUGGUAAUCAGUCAGGUUUGUCAACACCAUCCACUCCCAGUCCUGUCAAUAUGGAUAUGAGUUUAUCCAAUGGUCAGUCUUCACCUUUAUCAAGAUCUGAUAGAAUUAUGAGUUUGAUAAGUAGAAUAGAUGAGAAGAGAAACCAAGUUUUACAAGAUAGACAUAUGAUUGGCAAAGUGACAAGUUUAAAAGCCAGUGAUAUAGACUAUAGAAUCAGUGUAAGAAGAGUUAAUUUUAAAUGGCAGAGAGGCAUUAAAAUUGGUGAAGGUCAAUUUGGUAAAGUAUAUAGUGCUGUUAAUGUGGAUAACGGUAUUUUAAUGGCAAUGAAAGAGCUAAAAUUUCUACCAAGUGAUCAACAAGAAUUUAAAGCCAUUGCUGAUGAAAUUCGUAAUUUUGAAGGAACCAGUCAUCCUAAUUUAGUCAGUUAUUAUGGUGUUGAAAUACAUAAGGAUGAAAUGUUGAUAUUUAUGGAAUUCUGUGAUAGAGGUACUAUAGAAGAAGCAGCUAAACUAGGUUUACCUGAAGAAUUAAUACGUCGUUAUAUCAGAUAUAUAUUAAUAGCUGUACAAUAUUUACAUGAUAAAGGUAUCAUACAUAGAGACAUCAAAGGUGCCAAUAUAUUUUUAACAUCAGAUGGUAUAUUGAAACUGGGAGAUUUUGGAGCCUCAGUCAAACUGAAGAAUUUAACCACAAUGCCUGGUGAAGGUGUUUCUUUAACUGGGACUACAGCAUACAUGGCUCCAGAAGUGAUCACCCAAAGUAAGGAAUAUGGUCAUGGUAGAUCAGCUGAUAUCUGGAGUGUUGGUUGUGUUGUUAUAGAGAUGUCUACUGGCAAGAGGCCAUGGUUUGAGCUGGAGAAUAAUUUCCAGAUUAUGUUUAAAGUUGGUAUGGGAGAGAAACCUGCCAUUCCAGAACAACUGAGUGCAGAGGGCAAAGAUUUCUUAUCUCAUUGCUUUGAAACAGAUCCAAAUGAUAGAUGGACAGCUAGUAAACUACAAGACCAUAAUUUUACAAAGAUCUAUGAUGAAGCUGAAGGAAUAACAGAUGUUCAGUUUUAA